AUAAGCCAUUUCUUUAAUUACGAAUAUACCCUCGCUGGAGCUUCUUCACUUCGUCUUCUGCAAUUGUGUUAACCUACCCAUCCCACGCAGCUCCACAACUCCCUAAGAUCUUGAAACAAAAAUAGUGUGGUACAGAAGGAGAAAGCUAUGGCGGUGUCUGGAGAUUUGAGGGUCUCUGCAACAAUGUCUUCUUAUCCUUUCAAGCACCACAAUUUGGGAAACUCACUUCUGCCUUCCCAGGUAGCAUUUAAAGGCUUAAAUGGUGGAUUAUCUACUAAUUCCAAGGUCCUUUUCAAAUGGCCAUGCUUAGAUCUGGAAGGGAACAAUUUAAAGUGCCAUUAUCACCAGUCAUUUGGUGUUUCUAGAAACAAUAAUCUUUCACCAGAACCUGCAACUCAAGAGACCGAAAAUCUUAUUCUCAAUGCUGUGAAUAUGAAAUUUUUUGAGCGCUUGAACUUGGCAUGGAGGAUACUGUUCCCAUCACCAACUACAAAAAGGAAAAGUGUUGCAAAUAUCGCUAAGCAACGGUUGAAGAUGAUACUCUUCUCUGAUCGAUGCGCUGUAAGCGAUGAGGCGAAGCAGAAGAUUGUGAGCAACAUUGUGGGAGCUCUAUCUGAUUUUGUGGAGAUAGAUUCACAGGAUAAAGUUCAGCUUAGUGUCUCAACAGAUACGGAUUUGGGCACUGUGUACUCAGUCACAGUCCCAGUAAAGCGUGUUAAGCCUGAGUAUCAAGCUGUGGAUGACUAUGGGACCAUAACAAAUGUUGAUUACAAGGACAAUGGAGAAGCAUCUGGCUCUGUUGAUGUUACCUUCGAUUUUUUCAUCCCUGAUGAAAAUUCUAGGUUUUAAGAUCAAAUAUGUCUUGUUGUCCUCGUAGGUGAAUGUUUUUCAUUGUAUGCCAAGCCAAAAAAGAAGAAACUUUCGAGAUGUCAUUGUUUAGCUUCCUGGUUUUUGAGACUUUAGCUAUUUGUAAAUAUAAAUUUUCCUUAUUUUUAUUCAGAAUAUAUUUCUUUAUGGUA